GGUCAGUUCAGAGCCGAGAGACGAGAACUCUGCGAGCCGUCCUGCGGUGCGCCAUGGUCGGCUUUCAGCUUGCGCCUGCUGCCUUGCUCCUGGUUCUUGGGCGGUUGUUUGUGUGAUGGUGAACGGCUGGCGAACACUUCCGACGACAGCUAGCGUGUCCUCAUGUCAUGGCCGCCCGCCACAACUCCUCCACAGCGCCUCGGACCGAUGGCGCCGGCCGAGACGGCUUGUUCCGCAAGGAGCGGGAGCCUUCGCCCGCCCUGCGUCGGCCGGCCCGCUCGCUGCCUGACGUCUGCCCCAAAGAACCCACUGGUGAGGGGCGGGGCCUGUGUGACGGCCCGUCAGUGGUGGCGGAACACGACAGGUGGACAGUGUACAGUUCAAAGGUCAACCUCCCGGCAGCGCUCAAUGACCCGCGCCUCGCCAAGCGGGAGGCGGACUUCUUCACCAAGACUUGGGGUGUGGACUUUGCUGAGACCGAGGUCAUGCCCUCCUUCUACCUGGCCAACGUCACACGGGAACACUUCCUGUCCUACCUGCAGGACAUGGCACAGAGGGAAAGAAUUCAUGAGCGUUGUAAGAGCAUCUGUCCUGUUAAAGAUGAUGACAUGGACGCAGUCUCCAGCAUCAAUACAAGCCAAGAAAAGUCACGAGCAGAGUUGGAACAAGUGCCCAAGAUCUUCAUGAGAGCUGACUUUGCUUUGGAGGAAGCAAACACUUUCAACUUUGUGUUGCCAUGGACACACUUUAACAACACUUCCGCUAAAAACUACCAAGACAUGUACUCCUCCAAACUACUACAAGAAAAACUGAGUCACUACCUGGACGUGGUGGAGGUGAGCAUCGCGCGGCAGAUCUCCCUUCGCUCGGAGGCCUUCUUCCACGCCAUGUCGUCCCAACACGAGCUGCAGGACCGUCUGAAAGAGACCCAGCAGGCCGUGGCCGUCCUGCGUCGCCGUACCGCCGCCAUCGACCGCAUCAUGUGCCAGGGGCCGCUGCGGGCCCUCCACGCCGCUCUGACGCGCAACAACUGCGUGAAGCUGCACAACAAGCUGAAGCUGAUGGCGGCCGUGCAUCAGACGCAGCCCACCGUGCAGCUGCUGCUCUCCACGUGCGAGUUUGUGGGCGCCCUCGAACUCAUCGCCACCACCAAGGAAGUUCUGCUGCAGGAACUGCAAGGUGUCCAUAGCUUCAGACACUUAGGCUCUCAGUUGUGUGAGUUGGAGAAGCUGAUCGACAAGAUGAUGGUGGAGGACUUCAGCAUGUACGCCCGCAGCGAGCUGAACCGCAGUCUGAGGGAGGAGCCUCAGGUGCUGGAGAAGGAGCGUCUCCAGUCGCUGGUGUUUGGGCUCCUGCGUCAGAGGAAGUUGGACUUCCUGGACAUUUACAGUGACGAGAUGAUUGCUGCGGCCAAGGCCAUCGUGUCCCAGUGCGUGGCCGAGCAUCUCCUGUACAUCGACGACAUCGACACCGAAGUCAUCACCAAGCUGGCCGAGCAGAUGCGUCUGAUGACCUUCCCUCAGUGGUUUGACCUCCUCAAGGACGUCUUUGACUCUUUCCUCGUCUUCCUCCAGAGGAUGAAGGCCACGCUCGGCGUGAUCACGGUGGUGGUUCAGGAGGUUUUGGAGUCCAACCAGAAGAUCUCCUCCAGGGACAAGUCCAGCUCGGAGGAACCGGGUCAGGAGUCUUUCAGCGCGGCAGGGCCCAUGAGCAGCGAGGCCGAGCUGGCCUACUUGACCCACGAGGGCCUGUUCAUCAGCGACGCCCUGGGUGAGGCCCAGCAGUACCAGGACCACGCCCGCCAGGAGGCGCCGCCCCGUAAACCGGAGGCUGACUCUGAUCAGAACUUCACGUCAGGUGACAUGAUGCCGUCCGACCUGGAGCUCAAGCGAGUGCUGAACAACAUCAAGGAGCUUCUGCACGCCGCCUCCGACAUCAGCCACGACCGCUGCGUCAAAGUCAUCACCGCCCGGGCCAAGGACGGCUCUCUGGAGCGACUCAGCUCAGCAGACUUUGUGGCGCUCUCUGUGGCUGUGGAGGACUUUGCCAAGGACACGGAGGACGUGUGUGGCAGGCGCAGCGUGUCCCUGAGGGGGGCGCUGCAGAGUCAGGCCAACCGCUUUGUCCACCGCUUCCAUGACGAGCGCAAGACCAAACUUAGUCUCUUGCUGGAUAACGAGCGCUGGAAGCAGGCGGAGGUUCCUGCAGAGUUCCAGGAGCUGGUGGACUCCAUGGCGAGCGGCAGGAUAAUGCUGUUAGCACGCAAGGCAGCAGCGGCCCCAGAAGACAGGAAGCCCGGCGACUUCCUGCUGGUGGACGGGCAGAAAUACGCCGUGGUCGGCACCGUGCUGCUGCUCAUACGGAUUGUUCUGGAAUACUGUCAGUGCGUCAACGACAUCCCGUCCAUCGCCACCGACAUGCUGACACGUCUGUCCGAUCUUCUCAAGCACUUCAACUCUCGCAGUUGUCAGCUGGUUCUUGGAGCUGGAGCCAUGCAGGUGGUCGGCCUCAAGACCAUCACCACCAAAAACCUUGCAUUAGCCUCCCGCUGCCUCCAGCUAGUGGUGUUCUACAUUCCCGUCAUCAGACGUCACUUUGAGAGCAAACUGCAAGCCAAACACUUGAGUGUCCUGCGACACUUUGACCACAUCACCAAGGACUACAGUGAUCACAUAGCAGAGGUCUGGGCCAAGCUGGUGGCCAUCAUGGACAGCGCCUUUGAGAAGAUUCUCACCAAGUACGAGGUGAAGGCGCCCAUGCCGUCGUCGUGCUUCCGGAACGUUUGCAAGCAGAUGUCCAAGAUGCACGAAGCCAUCAACGACCUUCUACCUGAAGAGCAGACGCAGAUGUUGUUUACGAGGAUCAACAGCAGUCUGAAGAUGCAUCUGAAGAAGCAGCUGACUCGACUCUGCGUCAUCAACGACGGAGGACCGCAGCACGGGCUGGUGGGGGUGGACGUGGCCUUCUACUCGGAGAACAUGCAGGCGCUGAAGAACCUGGAGCGUUUGGACCUCAACAUGCCCGACAUCUGGGAGCACAAGAGGUGAUGUCCGGGAACCUUUUUGGCGUGAUCAAGAUGGCGUCCUGCUGCUGCCCCUUACCAUGUGACCCAAACAGGAAGUUGUUUUGGACUCCCUGUCGCCGACUCCCAAAGAAGGUAGUAGGUUGUCACAUGAUGCUGUCGCCAUGACGACACGGGAAGCGCGGUAACUUUUUUAUUGAGGUUCUUAAAGUGAAAAGUGGACCAAGGUGACGUCUCAGGAAAACUUUUUUUUUUUCCCUCUAAACCUCAAAAACUUGAUUCAGUCAGCUGACGUCACUGUGCCUCUCCCUCCAGUGCGUGUGUGUGUGCGUGCACGUGUGUGUGUGUGUGCGCG